UUCAAUACGUCGACAUCAGUUUGCGAGUUCAACUUUAAUUAAUCCCCUUCAUAAUGGUUUGGAUUUUGACUUUUGCUCUGCUAUUGAGCACCACCCUGGUUGUGAUAUUUUUGAGGUAUUCCCAAAGGCAAAAGUUUUGGAAAAGGCAAAAUGUGGAAACCAUAGGCGUUUUGGAGUUUAUACAAAAAGUCAAAAAGGAUCACUUGUUUCUGGUGGUGGAUAAGAUAUACCAGGAACUUUGCGCUGAGGACAAGCCCUGUAAAGUGGUCGAAUCCUUGCUGAAUACAACAGUAAUACUGCAGGAUCAGAAUGCCAUAAAGGAAGUGCUGACUUCACAGUUUGAAAAUUUUCCCGAUCGUGGUUUCUACAUCAAUCACAGGGACCCCUUAUUGGUGAAUCUGGCUAGAUUUCACUAUGACAUUUGGAAGGCUAUGCGGUUGAAAUUGACACCUGCCUUCUCGCCAGCCAAAAUGAAAUAUAUCUUCCCCACCAUGGCCGAGGUGGGCGAUCACUUUGUGCAGGUGCUGCAGCAGCAAAUAUUUCGCGGAGAGGACAUAGUGGACAUGCAUGACAUAUGCAAACGUUUCUCCAUGGACGUCAUAGGCACAGUGGCCUUUGGCAUUGAAUGCAACAGCUUGAAAAAUCCCCAGGCGGAGUUCAAAUUGCAAGGUGAAAAGGCUUUGCUGCAACAUUUCCGUACAUUUUGGGAUCAAUUUGCCGAAAAGUAUAGCUGGCUAAUGCAUUUCAUUAACUUCAAAUAUCACUCCCAAGACUCCAUUCGUUUCUUUACCCAUAUAGUCCAAGAGACUUUGACUUACCGCGAAAAAGAGAAUAUCAAGCGCAAUGAUUUUAUGGAUUUGCUAAUAGAGUGUAGAAAUGUUGAAGCAGAAAAUAAAAAUGAAAAACCCCACAUGAGCUUGGAAAUGAUGGUGGGUCAGGUGUUUAUAUUUUUCGUAGGAGGCUAUGAGUCUACGGCAGCAGCUUUGAGUCAAGCCCUUUUUGAGUUGUCGCGAAAUACCGAAAUACAGGAUAAGGCCCGGCAGGAAGUUAUGCAAGUGAAAUCAGAGCAUGGUGAUAAAAUAACCCAUGAUAGUUUGAAAAGUUUAAAAUAUAUCCAACAAAUUGUGCAGGAAACUCUACGCAAAUAUCCCAUUGCGCCCGCCUUGAUGCGUUAUUGCCGUCAUACCGCCAUCCUAAAUACUUCCACUGGCCCUAUUACAUUGCCAAAGGAUACCACUGUGAUGAUUCCCGUUUACAGCAUUCACAAUAAUCCCGACUUUUAUCCAAAUCCCCAAGAAUUUUGUCCCGAGCGUUUUGAUGAAGCCGAAGAAGCAGAGCGACCACCACACACUUUUCUUACAUUUGGUGAUGGUCCUCGCAAUUGCAUCGCAGCUGGUUUUGGAAAAAUGGAAUUAUUGUUUGGUUUGGCUACAUUACUAUCCAAAUUUCGAUUUUCUGUAUCAGCCAAAACACCCCAAGAAGUGGAAUUUAAAAAGAAUGUUCGUUAUAUAGCCAGUGUGGAAAAUGGAAUCUAUUUAAAGGUAGAAAUUUUGUGAGCAAGGGAAAAAAUCAGCUGGGACAGAAUACAAGCCUUUGAUAUAAAAUGCA